GACAUUAAACACGCACCGUCAGCCAGUCUCUUACAUGGACACAAGAGUACCGGAGGAAAGUUUGGAACAGUAGUUUUGGACCAUCUCCACGCCAAGUGCAUACACGGAGAAUAAGCGACACACGUGUAGACAACCUCUGAGUUUUCUGCAUUUUUUUUUUUUUUUUUUUUUUUUUUUUUCAAAUAACCGCAAGUGGACUGCAAACUUUUGACAACUUGGAGUAUUCGUCUUCUGAGGGAAUUUCCUGUUCGUCAACCCUUUGCGCGUCGGGGUUUUCUUUUUAUAUUCGUAUUUGGGAUUUAUUGGCUUGAAUAUUUCCAAGGGGGACUUUGAUGGGCUUGCAUGCGCAGAUAAAGUGAAUACAAGAGAGCAUCAGAAAGAGCUCCCAGUAAGUGGAGAACUUCGAGUCUCAAUGAUUUAUUGAGACACGGUCUUACACAUUUGCCUGGCCAGUGGACGCUUAACAACACAGUACAGAUCCUCUCCACCAUGGGACGACUUAUGAUAGCUGCUUUCCUCUGUAUCAUGAUAAGCCAGGGUUUUUGUUCUGGGGUUUUCGAGUUAAAGUUGCAGGAGUUUCUCAACAAGAAAGGGGUGGCAGGCAACGCAAACUGCUGCAAAGGAACUGCGUCCGCGUCAGUGAUUCAGCAAUGUGAAUGCAAAACUUUUUUUAGGAUUUGCCUUAAACAUUAUCAAGCCAAUGUAUCUCCGGAUCCUCCAUGCACAUACGGUGGCGCAGUCACCCCGGUGCUCGGAUCAAACUCUUUCCAAGUUCCCGUGACCUCUCCAGACAAUUCUUUCACCAACCCCAUUCAGUUCUCAUUCGGAUUCACAUGGCCGGGCACAUUUUCGCUUAUUAUUGAAGCUCUGCACACCGAUUCCAACGAUGAUCUGUCAACAGAAAACCCAGACCGACUCAUCAGCCGCAUGACAACCCAGAGGCAUUUAACAGUGGGUGAAGAAUGGUCCCAGGAUAUACAGGUUGCUGGGAGGACAGAGCUGAAGUACUCGUACAGAUUCGUCUGUGAUGAGCAUUACUACGGCGAGGGCUGCUCGGUCUUCUGCCGCCCACGCGACGACACCUUCGGCCACUUUAGCUGCGGAGAGCGCGGAGAAAUCAUCUGCAAUUCUGGAUGGAAAGGACAUUACUGCACAGAACCAAUCUGUCUUCCGGGAUGUGACGAGGACCAUGGAUUUUGCGAUAAACCUGGUGAAUGCAAAUGCAGAGUGGGCUUUAGUGGAAAGUACUGUGAUGACUGCAUCCGUUAUCCUGGUUGCUUGCAUGGCACCUGCCAACAGCCAUGGCAAUGCAACUGCCAAGAGGGUUGGGGAGGCCUCUUCUGUAACCAAGAUCUCAAUUACUGCACACAUCACAAACCGUGUCAGAAUGGGGCCACUUGCACCAACACUGGCCAGGGAAGCUACACCUGCUCAUGCAGACCUGGCUUCACUGGUGAAAGCUGUGAAAUCGAGGUCAAUGAAUGCUCUGGAAGCCCGUGCAGAAAUGGUGGAAGCUGCUCUGAUCUCGAAAACACGUACAGCUGUACAUGUCCCCCUGGUUUCUAUGGAAGAAACUGUGAGCUGAGCGCCAUGACUUGUGCUGAUGGCCCCUGCUUCAAUGGUGGACGCUGCACUGACAACCCUGAUGGAGGAUACUUUUGUCAGUGUCCGGCAGGCUAUGCCAGCUUCAACUGUGAAAAGAAGAUUGAUCACUGCAGCUCCAACCCAUGCUCAAAUAGUGCUCAGUGUCUCGAUCUUGUGGACUCCUAUCUUUGUCAGUGUCCAGAAGGUUUUAGCGGAAUGCACUGCGAAGACAACAUCGAUGAGUGCGCUGCCUAUCCCUGCCAGAACGGUGGCACGUGCCAGGAUGGACUCAAUGACUACACCUGCACCUGCCCACCUGGAUACACUGGCAAGAACUGCAGCUCUCCAGUUAACAAGUGCAUCCACAACCCUUGCCACAAUGGGGCCACUUGCCAUGAAAGGGACAACCGUUAUGUGUGUGCUUGUGUUCCUGGAUACGGCGGACGUAACUGUCAGUUCUUGCUGCCAGAUAACCCACAAGGACAAGCUGUUGUAGAGGGACCCAACAGGUACGAUGAGGAUGAUGGUGCCUUUCCUUGGACGGCAGUUUGCGCUGGGAUUAUUUUGGUGCUUUUAGUCCUGAUCAGUGGUGCUGUGUUAGUCGUCUACAUCCGUCUUAAGCUGCAGCAAAGGAGCCAGCAAGUUGACAGCCAUAAUGAAAUUGAGACAAUGAACAACUUGACCAACAACUGCAGCCGAGACAAGGACUUGUCCGUGAGCAUCAUUGGAACCACGCAAGUAAAGAACAUCAACAAGAAGGUGGAUAUUCAGAGUGAUGCUGCAGGUGGAGAAACAAAUGGAUUCAAAUCUCGUUACUCACUGGUGGAUUACAAUUUUGUUCAUGAGUUGAAGCAGGAUGACUUGGUAAAAGAGGAUUCUGAGAAGAGCGAAAUGACAAAAUGUGAGUCCCUCGAUUUGGACUUGGAGGAGAAGCACAGAAAUCAUUUAAAAAGUGAUUCUUCAGAGAAGAAAUGUACAGAUUCUUUGUGCAAAGACACAAAGUACCAGUCAGUCUUUGUUAUAUCAGAGGAAAAGGAUGAAUGUAUUAUUGCAACCGAGGUGUAACGCCACUACAGAGCUGUAGCUCAUCUUGUUUUACAGGAGGUUUUACUCCAGUAAUGCUGCUCAAACCAGAGGGAAGUUUCCCUUCAUGUGACUGCUGCUGUGAAACUUAUGUUGAAAGUGAUAUUCAGAAUGAGCUGGUUCUCAACUGAAGUAAACACAGUGUCUGCAGGAAAGGACGUUGGGCCAUACUGGCUCGGACAAAGUUUGUUUCCCAGGAACGUGCCAAAUGGACUCGUUGCACUUCCUGUAGGGACGGUUUUACCUCAUUGCACUACGAUGGGUUGUAUUUUUUUAUGUAUUUAACACACAAUUGAAUCGAAUACUGUGUAUGCAUAUGCACUGACCGCAGUGUGUAUCUGGAAGUUCUCUGAUCCAUUCUAGAUCAGGAGAGGAAAAACACUGCCAUCAAAUUUGUUUGUUACUGAUUUUUUCUUUUCUUUUUUUUUUUUCAAAGGUUGUAUUUCUUUUAUUUAAAUGCUUAUUUGUGAUUGAUGUGUUUGUGACUUUAUUUCUGUGUGUGUGAAGUUUGAUGUAAUUUAUUAUCCAUUUCAUUUUGCAGAUUUGUCUAUUGUAAAUAAGGCACUUCGGGUCGAUGUGACUGUGUUCUGAUGUAAAUGUAUUUAAACAUGCUGUCAAAAAUGUACAGGAAUUGUUUUAUGACUUGUUAAUGAAGAAAAUCACCUUAAUAUUAUUCCAAAUAAAUCCUGAAUGAAAUAUUAUAAAAUGGGUCAGACAUUUCUGAAUUAAUGAACAGUUUGUUCACUCAGUUGGUCAGUUUCAGCUGUUUGCAUAAUGACAAUAUGCUGUGCUUAACGAAAAGUCAAAGGAAGUAAUGCUAACUAUAUUUGAAUUGUUCUGUUCAUUUUAUCAAGAUCUCCGGAUAUAUCUGCACAAUCAAUCUGUGUGUGUAUUGUGGCAUGGACUCUUGAUCUGAUGAAGACAACUAUUUCCUUUUUGUACCUCACUUUAUGUGAGACAAAGACACACCCGGUAAUCACAAAUUACAGCCUUCAUCUUGAUGGCAGGAUAUUUUGGGGAUGCAAAAGCACUCUGACAAAAACAUGAGAAACCACUUUUUGUAAAUGGUUUGGUCAAAGUUUCUAACUUUUUAUGUUUAAGAUGUAGCCAUGCUCAUUAAGUGACUUAUAUAGUGCAAAUGGAGAAGAGAAACACUCCCAUAGUAUCAUAAUAUGAAUUAAAUAUGCAAUGUAGAAGCCAAAUCAAGGUAUUUAAAGGUAAAAUUAGGCUCAACUCAAAUAUCUUCUGUGUUGUUUUCAACAAUGUUUGGUUUGCGAUAAUUGAAAAAAAUGCUUAUGUAGUG